GAUCUUCAGUUUUCAGUCGGCUUGGAAGUCAAGUUUUUACGGCUUGCAGAAUUUUUUUCGUGGGCUCGGUCUUUGUAUAAAUAGUAUUGCGGGCGAGGCUUUUCAAUCAGAAGCGACUCAACCGCAGAUCGUAGCUGUCAUCAUGAAAUUCCUGGUUAUUGCCUUUGCCGUUCUGGCCUGCGCCUAUGGCGAUGUCUCCCACCUGGGUUACAACUACUCGCCCCCGGCUCCGGUUUACCAGCCAGCUCCUAUCAGCAUCCCAGCCCCGGCUCCGGUUUACCAGCCAGCUCCCAUCAGCAUCCCAGCCCCGGCUCCGGUUUACCAGCCAGCUCCCAUCAGCAUCCCUGCUCCUGCCCCAGCUCCAGUUGUGAUCCCAGCUCCUGCCCCAGCUCCAGUUGUGAUCUCUGCUCCAGCUCCCGCUCCAGUGAGGACCUACGUGCCCCCAGCACCCAUCAGCAUCCCAGCUCCAGCUCCAGUUGUGAUCCCCGCUCCUGCCCCAGCUCCAGUUGUGAUCCCCGCUCCUGCCCCAGCUCCAGUUGUGAUCCCAGCUCCUGCUCCAGCUCCAGUUGUGAUCCCUGCUCCUGCCCCAGCUCCAGUUGUGAUCCCAGCUCCGGCUCCCGUCAGGUCUUACAUUCCCCCCGCACCAGCACCAGCUCCCGUCUACAACCCAGCUCCUGCUCCCAUCCCAGUGAGCAUCCCAGCUCCAGCUCCAGUUGUGAUCCCCGCUCCUGCUCCAGCUCCAGUUGUGAUCCCCGCUCCUGCUCCAGCUCCAGUUGUGAUCCCUGCCCCAGCUCCCGUGAGGACCUACGUGCCCCCUGCACCCAUCAGCAUCCCUGCUCCCGCUCCCGUCUACCAGCCAGCUCCCAUCAGCAUCCCCGCUCCGGCUCCAGUCUACCAGCCCGCUCCUGCUCCCGUCUACCAGCCCAGCAGCCAGCAGGUCCUGGAGGAGAUCGAGCCCGUGUCCGCUGAUGGUUACCGCUACAAGACCGUGCGUCGUCGCGUCUACCGUCACCGCUUCUAAACUUACCAAAGCCCUUCGAAACUGUUUCCUAACGAAUUCCCAACUGGGAAUUGAAAAAUAAAAAAAUUCCCGUCUUCGACUUGUUAAACAAAAAGAAA